UAAAACAAAAAAAAUUUUUACACAGUUACUAUAUUAUUUAUUUUUUCUUUUAUACAAAGACACUUUUUCAACAACGAAAAAAAAAAAUAUAUAUAUAUUUUUAUUUAUUUUACGAUGUCAAAAAAUCCAGUAUUGAACACGUACAAUUUUGUUAGUACGUCAAACCGUCAACUACAACUCGAUAGCAAUCAUUAUGAACUUAUCAUACGACAACAACCAAAACAAGCUCGGUUGUGUAGUUCAAAAGAACGAGAUCGAAGACCAGUUGACCCACCUCCAAUCAUUCAAUUAAAAGUAAAUGGUUAUGGCGAUGAAGCUCAAAACUUCCUACAAAGUCCUUAUUAUUUUAUGUGUGCAAAUCUCGUACAUCCUACAGAUAGCGGUGAAAGUUUUACCGUUUCUUCGCGUUACCUUGCUGGUACCGUUGUCUCUUCCUUACACAAAUUGAAAGACAUCGAUAAUAAAGAUGGUGGUUUUUUUGUGUUUGGAGACAUAUCUGUACGUGUCGAGGGUCGUUAUCGUUUAAGAUUUAGUUUGUUCGAAAUCAUAAGAGAUGAGGUUGUUCAUAUACAAUCAGUGGUAUCAGAUGUUUUUACGGUUUAUUCACCAAAAGCAUUUCCUGGAAUGUCAGAGUCUACAUUUUUAUCUAGGUCUUUUUCAGAUCAAGGUGUAAGAAUAAGGAUUCGUAAGGAACAUCGAAUUCAAAUGAAACGUCCACAAUCUAAUAAUAGACAAUCUGAUACUACCGAAUAUGAUGAUGAUAAUAUAAAUAUAAAUGAUGAUGGAAUUACGGAUAUUCCUGCUAAAAGAAAGAGGAGCAAAAGUCAAAUUGCACAAAUUUCUACAUUUAAAUCUACUCCUCCAUUGGAAUUACUUGAUAAUACUUCAAUGUCUUAUUCACAAUCACAACAUUCACCGUACGCUCCUUCAUCUGAUUCAUCUUAUCCAUCAUAUCAACAAUAUCAUAAGUUUAGACAAGGUGGUGGAUCAUUAUCAUAUCCUCCUCCAUUAUUAGGGUAUCCACCUCAUCCACCUCAACGUCAAAAUUCAUAUUAUGAGGAUCAUGAAUACGGACCGUCAUCUCGUGAUGAUCAUACGUCAUCAUCGCCUUAUUAUUAUGGUGAACAAUAUAAACGUCCGAGAUUAUCAAAUUCUGAAGUGCCUCCUUAUGAUUAUCGACAAUCAUCAAUAGUAACACCCUUAAAAGAUAAUCAAUUUACAACUACUAACCAUCACCACCACCAUUAUACCACUUCUUCUCCUCCUCCCCAUCCUCCUCCUCCUUCUUCUUCUUCUCUUUCACCAUCUUCAUAUCGUACAUCACGAAGAUUAUCUCCUUUAUUAGAACAUCAACCUUCUUACGUCACCUCUUCUACUAACAAUUCAUCAUCUCAUGUGUUUAAUCAUGAUCAUUCUCUUCCUAAUGCUCGUCAUCGCUCUUUUGAUGUAUUAACGUCAACAGCUUCUUCAAAUACUACAUCCUUGGAUUCUUUUCAUUAUUCUGUAACAUCACCAUCCCCAUCAUCAUCAUCAUCAUCUGCUACAACACUUCAACCUGUUCAGCCUUCAGAACCUUUUUAUCAAUCAUCUUCAUCAUUCACUCCAAAACCUCCUUCUAGAUCCCGAACAUUACCGCUUUACAGUCAUAAUGGCAUUAAUAAUAAUGACAAUGAUAAUGAUAACAUACAUCACCAUAAUUAUCAUCAUGAUUCUACUGCAUCAUUUUCAUCAUCUAAUCAAUUACCUACUCCAAAAACUUCAAUUGAUGUUGAUGUUUUACAUAGUUUACAUCAUAAUCAUAAUAAAAAACAAUUAUAUUCGUCAUAUCCUCCAUUAACACCUCCAAAUCUAAACAGUUCAUCUGUAGAUAGUUAUAAAAGUGGUAAUAAUAAUAGCAGUAAUAAUCUUACACCUAGUUUUACUCAACAUUUUACCUCAAGUCCUAGACCUGGACCACUUCAAUUACCUCCUAAAUCACCAUUAUCAUCAAACAUGAGAACUAAUUCAUUACCAAUAAUGUCUUCUAAUUCAAGUACAAGUUCCUCAAAUUCUACAACAUUCUUGAAUAAUAAUGAAGGAGUAUUAACUAGUUCACCAUUAUUAUUACCUACUACUAAUACUGAUAAUUUACCAAAAUUACCACCUAUAACUUCUUUAACAAGUAGAAUUGAUUUUAUUAUGAAUAAGACAAAGGACAAUUAUUAUAAUGAUAGUGUACCACAACAACAAGGACAACAAUAUUAUCAUCAAUCUUAUUCUAUGGAUGAUAACAACCUAAAUUAUAAUAACAAUGUUUGGCAUAAUAAUGGUGGUAGUAGUAUUGAUAAUGGAUAUUAGUUUUAUUUAAACUUAGUUUAAAUUAACUAGUAAAGUACUAGAACAGUUAAUUUAAAAAAAUUGUUUAUUUAUUUAUUUUUUUUUUAA